GCGCAUGCUCCGGAGCGCGCGUCCGGCGUCCGAGGUGGUUGGUCGUUGGUUAUUUCCAGGCAGAGAAGGAAGCCAGUGCCUGGCGAUCUCUCCACAUGUCUACCUGCCAUGAUUAAGUGUUUGUCAGAUGAAGUACAAGCCAAGUUGCGCUCGGGUUUAGCGAUAAGCUCCUUAGGCCAGUGUGUUGAGGAACUUGCCUUCAACAGUAUUGAUGCUGAAGCAACAUGUGUGGCCAUCAGAGUGAAUAUGGAAACCUUCCAAGUUCAAGUGGUAGACAAUGGAUUUGGGAUGGCGGGUGAAGACAUCGCGAAGGUGGGAAACCGGUAUUUUACCAGCAAAUGCGACUCAAUACAGGACUUGGAGAACCCAAGGUAUUAUGGUUUCCGAGGAGAGGCCUUGGCAAGUAUAGCCGACAUGGCUAGUGCUAUGGAAAUUUCAUCCAAGAAAAACAGGACGAUGAAAACCUUUGUGAAAGUGUUUCAGAACGGAAAAGCCCUAAAUGCUUGUGAAGCUGAUUUGACCAGACCAAGUGUGGGGACGACAGUAACAGUCUAUAACCUAUUUUACCAGUUACCUGUGAGGAGGAAAAGCAUGGAUCCCAGGCUAGAGUUUGAGAAAGUCAGGCGGAGGAUAGAAGCUCUCUCACUCAUGCACCCAUCGAUUUCUUUCUCUCUGAGGAAUGAUGUUUCUGGUUCCACGGUUCUGCAGCUCCCUAAAACCAAAGACACAUGUUCUCGAUUUUGUCAAAUUUAUGGAUUGGGCAAGUCUCAGAAGUUAAGAGAAAUACAUUUUAAAUACAAGGAAUUUGAGUUUAGUGGCUACAUCAGCUCCGAAGCACACUAUAAUAAGAAUAUGCAGUUUUUGUUUGUGAACAGAAGACUAGUUUUAAGAACAAAGUUGCAUAAACUCAUUGACUUUUUAUUAAGAAAAGAAAGUAUUAUAUGCAGGCAAAAGAAUGGCUCUGCCAGUAGGCAAAUGAAUUCAAGUCCUCGGCAUCGUUCUGCCUCGGAACUCCAUGGCAUAUAUGUAAUCAAUGUGGAAUGCCAGUUCUGUGAAUAUGAUGUGUGCUUGGAGCCAGCCAAAACGCUGAUUGAGUUUCAGAACUGGGAUAGCCUGUUGGUGUGUAUUCAGGAAGGAGUAAAGAAGUUUUUAAAGCAAGAAAAAUUAUUUGUUGAAUUAUCAGGUGAAGAUAUUAAGGAAUUUAAUGAAGAUAAUGGUUUCAGUUUGUUUGGUGCUACCCUUCAGACACAUGUGUCCACUCUGGAGAAGUGUGACCAAAGCAGUUUCCAGGAAGCAUGUAGUAAUAUUUUGGAUUCCUAUGAAAUGUUUAAUAUGCAGUCAAAAGCUGUAAAAAGAAUAGCUACUAUAGGAAAUAAAAACACACAGAAUUCUGGGGAUUCAGAUGCUACCAGAAAAAAAACAGACUCAUUGUACACUUAUGGAUCGGAUGGCCUGGGCCACAGUAAGAUGGUAGAGUCAUCGUUACACAAGGACAGUGUCUGUUUAGAAGCAAGGAUGUUGGAAGAGGUAGUCAGAGCAUCAGACUCCGGAGAAGAUGAGAAAUGUAAGACAUCCUUCUUGGAACACAGGACUUCAGGAAGUCCAAAAAUGUUUUCAGGCCCUAUUCAGACAUGUCAUCUCUUUGAGGAGAGUGAGGCAGAUCUAGAAAUACAGAAAAUAAGUCCUACUGUUAAUGUCCUGUCUGCCAACAUCCCCCCAAAUAGUGACAUUCAGAGUCAACUAGAGAAAUUUAAAGAUGCUCCUGAAGUGGGGUGCCAACCUCUGCCUUUUGAGACAACGUUAUUAAGAGUACAGAGUACUCAGAGGAAGAAGGAGAGAAAAAGGGAGCCUAGUAGUCAUGAAAGAGUAAAUGUUUUUAGUUAUGGACAAGUUAAGUUAUGCUCCACUGGCUUUAUAACUCAUGUUGUACAAAAUGAGCACACAAACUCAACUGAAACAGAACAUCCAUUUAAAAAUUAUGUUCGACCUGGUCCUGUAAGUGCCCAAGAAACAUUUGGAAAUAGAACACACCAUGCAACUGAGACUCCAGACAGCAACGAUUUAACAAGCCCUCCAAGUGAAGAGUCCACUCAGCUGCCCAGCAAAAGGUUUUGCACAACAAAUAGAGGUUAUGGGACAGAGAACAAACCAGGAGCAACAGAUGAGGACUGGUCCCUUUCUCAGGAAGGUGGUAAAGGAUCACACACAGAUCACAUGUUGCCCGAUACAUCUUCCUUCCCAUGGCAGAGAUGCGUGUCCCGUGGUUGUAAGAAAACAGACAAGAUGAUGGGCCCCUGCAAACACACAGUCCAUAGGAAGCUAAGCUUACGUUCACGAGUAGGAUCUUUGGAGAAGUUUAAGAGGCAAUAUGGAAAGGUCAGCAAUUCUUCAGGUACAGAAGAGGAAAACAGCACUGAAGUCGGGACCCACCUCGAUCCUCAAGUCGAGCCUGACUUUCUACUGAAAGACAAGAGCCGCUUAGCUAUGUCUGGUGGUUGUAAGAUCACUACUGUGGAGCACAGUGAUUCAUAUGGUACCUGUCAACCAGUAAGUCACGGCCUGUACUCAGAGGAAAUUCCAUUUUCCAAAGGAGAUCACUUAGACCAGAUGCCUCACUGGAGGGAAAGUCCUAUUACCCUGGCAGAAUUAGCUCACUGUAACAGAAAACCUUCAGGUGUUGAGAAGUCCUCUGAGUCACUGGCUUCUAAAUUAUCCAGACUGAAAGGUUCUGAAAGAGACGUGCAAACCGUGGAGAUGACAGGUCAUAUUAAUGCACUUCCAGAUUCAGAUCCCACUUGGAAAGAUAACAGCCAGUGCCCUGGGCUAGACUUAGAUUUUUGUGAGUUAUUAAAAAAUAAGCAUGAAAAAGGAGAGAGUGACAUGCUCCUAAUGCCAGAUUCUGCCACCCAGGGUGAUUCCAUCAAUAAAAACAGGACAGUACAUCCUAACAAUAAAAUGGAUGAUACAGAGAAGCCAGAAACUCUUUUGCUGUUACCUGGUAAUGAUUCUGAAAUCAGCAAAGAUUCAGAUGUUCUCUUCAGAGCUUCAGAACAACAUAAAGGAAAUCCUGAGUCUCCCAGUAGAAUGAUAGCAAGUCAGGUAGAAGAUACCACUGACAGCCAAGAUGAAACUUACUCCCAGAGUGAUGACUUUAAGACAAGAUUUUGUUCCAAAAGUGAAGAAUCAAAUACAUGCUCUGUGGACUGGCUGCAACAUUUUGAUGUAACCCUGGGCAGAAUGGUUUACAUCAAUAGACGGACAGGACUUAGCACUUUUGUUGCUCCUACCGAAGACACUCAAACUGCUUGUACUAAAGACCUGACAACUGUGGCUGUGGACGUCCUGCUUAGGAAUGGGUUUCAGUACAGGUGUCAUCCUUUUAGAAGCGAUCUUGUUCUUCCUUUCCUCCCAAGAUCUCAGGAAGAGAGGACUACGCUGAAACAGAGUAACAGAGAUGCUGUGGAUGCUGCUGUUGUCAGUGAAUCACUUCAGUCUUUAUUUUCAGAAUGGAACAAUCCAGUGUUCGCCCGUUACCCAGAGGUUGCUGUUGAUGUCAGCAGUGGCCAGGCUGAGAGCUUAGCAGUUAAAAUUCACAACGUGCUGUAUCCCUACCGCUUCACCAAAGAGAUGAUUCACUCAGUACAGGUUCUCCAGCAAGUGGAUAACAAGUUUAUUGCCUGUUUAAUGAGCACAAGAAUGGAAGAAAAUGGCAAAGCAGGUGGAAACCUGCUAGUCUUGGUGGACCAGCACGCUGCCCAUGAGCGCAUUCGUUUGGAACAGCUCAUUACUGACUCCUAUGAGAAGCAAGCGCCACAAAGCUCUGGUCGGAAGAAAUUACUGUCUUCCACAAUAAUUCCUCCACUAGCAAUCACAGUGUCAGAGGAACAGAGGAGACUCUUACGGUCUUACCACAAACACUUAGAAGAUCUGGGCCUUGAGUUGCUCUUUCCAGACGCCAGUGAUGCUUUGAUCCUUGUGGGAAAAGUGCCGCUCUGCUUUGUAGAAAGAGAAGCCAAUGAACUUCGGAGAGGAAGAUCUACUGUGACGAAGAGCAUUGUGGAGGAAUUUAUUCGAGAACAAGUGGAGCUGCUCCAGACCACAGGAGGCAUCCAAGGGACAUUGCCGCUGACUGUCCAGAAGGUAUUGGCCUCCCAGGCUUGUCAUGGGGCCAUUAAGUUUAAUGAUUGCCUGAGCCUCGAGGAGAGCUAUCGCCUUAUCGAAGCUCUGUCCUUGUGCCAGCUGCCAUUCCAGUGUGCUCAUGGGAGACCUUCAAUGCUGCCCUUAGCUGACCUGGACCACUUGGAGCAGGAAAAACAGGUUAAACCCAAUCUCGCUAAACUUCGAAAAAUGGCCCGUGCGUGGCAUCUCUUUGGAAAAGCAGAAGGCUGUGAGAAGCAGAACCUGCAGCAGUCCAUGCCCCCUUGUGAGUCACCAUGAGAAGAAAACUGCCGAUCUCUAAGGAGCCAAGAGGACUGGUGUGCCUCCGACAGACAGCAUGAGCAACCUGGGGUGGUACGGCUGUGAGCAGGCGGGUCGGCCGGCCGGCCCUGAGCGGGUCUGGCACGUCAGUCUCCCGGAGCGGAUGGUCCUUCUAGUUGAGCAGGCAGAUGCACUCAAGCCUAAGGACAGUUCAUUCCUUUGCACCCAUGGACACAGGAGUUUGCCAUAUAAGGCUUAUCGUUUGUAAACUGAUUUAGUGAUAAAAUGUAUGAUUUUGUAAUUGGUAGGUUGGUUAAUUUGAGGGUGUGGCUGCUGUUUUUGAGCAGUAUUUCCCCAGCCUCUCAAUUUACUUUAUGUGAGAGGAUGCUAAACCGGAAGGGCUGAUCUGCUGUCCUCAAGGUCCCCGGGCCCAGCCUUCUCCUCUACCAUUCAGUUCUACUUUAUAUUUGUCUUCUUCGCUUCACUCCUGCUUCUUUACAUUUUAUGUUACAGAUUGAUGGUGUUUCUUUGCUCUCUAUAAAAAUGUUGCCUGAUGUCUUCCAGCAAGACUUUAGUUAUUUUGGGGAUUAAAAAUUAUUUAUAGCUGGGUGUGGUGACUUAUACCUGAAACCCCAGUACAUGUGAGGCUGAGGCAAGAUGGGUGGCAGGUCACCGCUAGCCUAGGCUGUAGUGACCCUGUCUCAAAAUAAAUAAGAAACUAUUGGCAAAGAGAAGCAUAAAGUUAGAAUAGAGAGAACUUGAUUUUUUUUUUUUUUUUUUUUUAAUUCUCUGUGUAGCCCUGGCUGUCCUGGAACUUGCUCUGUAGAGCAGGCUGGCCUCAACCCCGAGAUCCACCUGCCUCUGCUUCCCAAGGGCUGGGAUUAAAGGCAUGUGCUACUACUUCCUCAUGAGAAAAUUUGCCACCUUACCCUGGUUUUUUGAUUGUCUUACUGCUUUUUAAAACCAGAAGUGAAUGUUCAUAUCCUGAAUCAGUAAAACAUUAAAAAAUA